AAAUAACGUAAGUCUAUUGAAAAGUUGCCCUGCAAGUGCACUGUAUAAACUUAGUUUGCGACACAGAUAGAAUUCAUUUCACAGUACGGCGUGCCGCGUGCAAAACUCUGUUACAAUAAACAAAUAUUCUAAUUUGACAGACUGUUAUAACUCAGACUGUUUAUUAUAGUUCUCUGGUAGCCUUUUGGAUUACAGUUCUAACAUUUCGUUGCAAUUUUGAGUAUUGAUUGAGUACGCCAUGGCACGGCCUGUAAUGCGAGCUGCACUGCUUCUGUUAGGGUUACUGCUCUACAUCGAGGGGAUUCGAACUCAGGAAGUCGAGGAUGAAAGGGAGUUCACGUAUGAAGAGGGAGAGGAAAGAGGGGCAGAGCAUUGGGGAGAUCUGCAUGAGGAAUGGAGAGCGUGUGGAAAUGGGCAGCAGCAGUCUCCCAUUGAUGUGGUGAAAAGGCGGGCUAAAAUCGACCCCGAUUUGGGCAAACUGCGCAGGAUUUAUUUCCCUGCAAAUGCAACCCUCCUCAACAGGGGCCAUGUUAUCAUGGUGAAGUGGGCCACAGGUGCUGGUAGCAUUGAGAUAGAGGGGAGAAGAUUCAGGCUUAAUCAAUGCCAUCGGCACACUCCAGCUGAGCAUACUGUAAAUGGCAGAAGGUAAUGUAAAAUUAUCUUCCGAAGGAUUUAAGCUAUUAAACAAAUUGGUAGUCAUUUCAUUGUUUCAUUAAUGACAGAUGUUUUUUCAAGGCUGUUUGGCUUUCAGUGCUCUUCACUUUUUUUUUAAAAUGUAUUUUUAUUAACUGUUAGAUGUCACUGAUUGAACUGC